UCACACAAAUGGCGGACGUUGUAAACAGAGCCAACAGCUUCUCGGAGGCCAAAGUGAAACAUCUCUUUUUAAGAUGAAUACCGUAGAGUUUGAGCGUUUAGAUAGCCUGGAGGGCUGGGUGGCCGUUAAAAGUAACAUAUUUGAAGAACCCGAGACGUUUAAGCUAGGCUUCAUCGUACAGUGGAAUGUCAUCGAGUGUAAAUUUGCGGUCACCUGCCACAACCGGACGUUACAACGGCAAAAACGCAAAGCCGAAGAAGUCGCUUUUGGCGACGUUCAGAUGAGCUGGGCUGGACUCUUCUCCGUGAGCGAUUUGAAACACAUCCAUCAGCAGUUUAUAUGUGUGGCAGACGUCUUGGUAACCUGCUUCCCGGAUUUGUCAGAGUUCGAAGACGGCAACAUUUGGGACUUGCUCUUCCUGAAUCGGAGGUCAGGUCCCGAAGACGACGAGAGGGAUUUUGACACGCCGUGUAGAAAACUCGAAAAAUACUUCAGCACAGCCAUUGACAUCUGCGGACGAAAGAUUGUGCUCGAUACGUUGUUCACGCAGGAUGAGCGGGAUGUUGAUGAGUACUUUGAAAAUCUACAGGAGUUCAAGAGGAAGACCAUGCAGGAGGAGAUGUCGAGGGCCAAGGCUCACGUACGGCAGCUCCUACAGAGUCAUGGCAGUGCAGACCGAAUGGUCGCGCUGCUUUCCAUCUACGAGGAAGAGGAUGAGGCCUACCAGGACCUGGUCACUGUGGCCACCACCUUCUUCCAGUAUCUGCUCCAGCCUUUCAGGGACAUGAGAGAGCUGGCCUGCCUCUACAAGAUGGACAUCCUGAAGUCUUUGGAGUUUGAGGACUUGGGUCCUAAGAGAAUCGCAGCUCUUGAGAAGGAGGCGGAGGAUUGGAGAACGAAAGCAGAAGAUGCAGUCGCCUCAAUUCAGGACAUCACUGUCACCUACUUUGCACAGACUUCAAAGGCUCUGGCUGGUAUGUUAAAGCAGAUGGAGGAGGAUAAGUGUCGUUUUGGAGCCGCUGCCUGGGCGUCUGCAGCUCCAAGACUGGAGAAACUACGCUUCCUUCUAGCCAAAGAAACCCUGCAGCAUAUGAGAGCUACGGAGAUGUGCCUCAACCGCAAGAAAGACGGCAUCAGAGAAAGGUUGGGCGGCCUGUCUGGCAGAGUCAAGAGCCACAAAACUGAUUCCAGUUCUACGUCUAAGUACGGUCAGCAGCAGGACACAGUGGACGAGCUGGAGCUGGAAUUCUAUGAAACCCAACUAGAACUGUACAACACCAAGUUUGAGAUCCUGAAGAAUGAGGAGCGGCUGCUGGUGGCUCAGAUAGACACGCUGCGACGGCAGAUUAAAGAACUGAAGGAGGAGGUGGUGUACUAUGACGUGUGUGAGGAUCCAGAGGAGCUGCAGAGCAUGGUCCACACAGGUAUUCAACCAACGGACUCUCCGGCUGUCACUCUCCUCAAAAGACGCCUACAGACCUUGGAGACCAAGAGAGGCAACAUCUGUGCCCGACGAGCUUAUCUCCGCAACAAAAAGGAUCAGUGCAUAGAGGCCAACGAGCAGAAGAGGCUGCCCGCCAAGCAGAGCUCCAUACUCUUCAACCAGCAUCAUCACGUCCACCUGAAACGAGAGAAGAGGAAAGAGGAGGAGCAGCAGAGGAAACAGUGGGUGGACCUGGAACGAGAGAAGACUCUGAGCAGAUUACGAUCCUUCAGAGAGAGGCGGCAGGGCCAGUACAUGCUGAAGACUCCUCAUUCCAGGACGUCUCCUUCAGAAGUCCCAGUUCCCUCCCAGCCGCUGUCCAUCAUCAGCCUCGGCCCCUCGGAAGGACCCCCCUCUGUCCGUCCUGCACCCAGGCGCAAUAAAACACCCAACAAACAGCAGCCUAAAGACAUCCCUGUCCAAAUCUUCUCUGCACCGCCACCAUCAACAACCACCUGUCCUACUGCACCUCCUCCCCCACCACCACCACCACCACCACCACCACCUCCCCCCCCACCACUGCCCCCUGCCUUAGCUCCUCCACCUGUCCGAGCUUCGCCUUCCUCUGAAGACGCACCAAUGCCUCUCAGUGAAAAAGAGGACCCUCCUUUUCCAGCCAAGAACAUGCUCAAACAAAAUAUAGGAACAAUGGAUCAAGUGUUGGCCUCAUUGCAACGUGGACAGAUACAACUUCGAAAGGUCCCCGUUCCCAGCGCAGCGUCUCCUGCUGGGGACUCGAGGAGCAGUCUGAUGUCUGCCAUCCGACUGGGAGUCACCCUGAAGAAGAUGGUUCGCGCACGCGAUGAAGUCCCGAGCGGCGGAGACAACGAGCUGGAGCGCAGCAUCAAAGCCGCCAUGAUGAGGAUGAAGAAGGUGGCAGCCGACUCUGACGAGGAUGACCGAGGAGACGACGAGACCCACAACACAGACUGGGACAGCUGAGAACUAGGCGCUGCACAAUUAAUCGAAUAUUAAUCGUGAUCACGAUUUUGGCUUCCCACAAUUAAAUGCACAUGAUAGACUGCGAUAUUGACCUCUACGCACAUCAGACCGCUCGGUUUAUAACUCGACUCAGCCAGAUAUUUCUCCGCUCUCGGCUGAGAUGGACGGCAUAGCGCUGCAGUGUUUUCAGUUUUCUGUUAAUUUAUACAGCAUUAACACGAUUACAUUUAUAGUGUUUACACUGUAUGAAUUAGCCCAGGGGCUAGCGGACGUUUAGCUAGCGGCUUAAUCCCGACAGAACACCACAGUGAAUUUCAGUCUGCAUGCACGUUUUUUCAGCUUAACAUUGUUGAACCGGAGCAGCUAAUAUCGUUAGUGAGAGCAACAAGUUAGCGGACUGACGAGUCGUCACUGCUGUGUGUGUGUGUGAGAGGAGAGAAACGCCACAGUAAAUGACACUAAAGACUCACACUGAGCUGAAAUGAAAACACUGUGCUGCGACAUGUGUCUUUGGAUUUUAAUCAAACGCAUUCAUUUUUAGGGAUUCUGUUAUUCCACAGCAUUGAAGGAAAAAAAAGAAAAAAAAGAAAUCUAGCCGAAUCUACCCAACGGACGAAUAUCCGAAUAGUCCAGCCCUACUUAUUUUGAUGCAAAGAUUUGUACAUUAGCAGGAAUGUAGCACAACAAGUGAAAGCAGUGCUCUGUUUAUUUGAAUGUAAAAGUGCAAUAAAAAUAUUUUGUCCCUAAAAUCAUUGAAUAAUCGUGGUAAAUGAUCGUGAUGCCAAUAUUGAUUAAAAAUAAUCGUGAUUAUUAUUUUGGCCAUAAUCGUGCAGCCCUACCGAAACCACACACACACACACACACACACACACACACACAGAUGAGGCUGUUCUCUUACAUUACCCCCACUAUGUUUUCUUCACGGUUCUGAGCUACAGCUUACGUUGCUGCCAAAUGUUUACCAAAAAGUUUCCUCUUAGACACGGAUGGGAUUACGCCUCUUCUGACUUAAACAUUGCAGUUUUCAGAAUAGCCCUGAGGUGUUGUAAUGAAUCCAAAACCGCUCGAAUCCCACUAACCAGCUAGUAUCAGUAUCAGGAUUUAGACUCCUCUAAAGCAGCUGAUUUGCAGAAAGCCCAGAGCGAAUGAGGCGUUGUGCUUCACCGCUCAUUAGGAAGAAAAGCCAAGCCGUAGUGCUGUAGUACAAUGUGUAAAUGAUUGAAUUGCUCCCAAAUCGCCAUCUGAAGGCCUUGUUGUGAGACUGUCACACAGCAGGGGAAGCCUAUGCUGCAGGCAGAGACGACCUCACUACACAACUCCACUGUCACAAAUACUCAUUUACCCACAUUGCUGAGUCUAAAUUCGAUUGACUUCUAUUAUUUUGAAAGUAAUUAAUUAAAUCUGAACAAUUAUUUAUUUUUACUUGACUUUACCCCAAUAAGGGCUACAGCCAACUGGUUUUUGUAGUUGCAUUGUGCAUUUUAUUCCUAAACAAAGGUGAGUUAUAUCCUGAAGUGCAGCAGUGUUAAUUAUUUACAGCCUACAUGCCUGAAGUCUGCGUCAAUGUUUGUAUUUGAUGGACUGUUUUUCUUUUUGUGUCGGAAAAGCGUGAAUGUGUUGGGCUUAAUUUAGGCGCAACUUAUACAUAGUCUGUUCAUUUUUUCUCUAUGAUGCCAUAACAAACACUACAUUAUCUUUUUUAAAUAACCAAAAUGUCCUUUUAGUUAUGGAAUUACUCUUCGGUGUGCACAGCUCUGUCUCUAGUUGUGAUUGAAUGCUCUGAAACGGUUUGCAGACAGGUUAUUGAUAAUUAGGGCAAACUUUGCACUUAUGACCUUUUGAACCUGUGACACAGAGCACUUACCUGAAAAGACAAGUUCAUAAUGUUUUAUGUACAAAAAAAAAUACAAUACUGUAUGGCAAGACAUAAUGAUUAAUUGCUGCAAAGAUAUGAAACUUGUUCCAGUGUGUUGCAGACGAGCUGAUGAAGGCUGAAACACACUUGUACUGCUGUGUUUUAAUAAGAAAUAAAGAGAUCAUAAACAUGAA